GCUUUAUACGUGGCGCUUCCUGUACUCCCUCCCAUUUGUCAAGACUCCUUCGCCACGCCCACCCCACUCAGCCCCCUCGAUAUAUGUACGUACAUGUGUAUCUACACUUCUCUCUACUUAUUCCAUUGAGCUACGAUUUCACUCAUAAGCAAUUCGAUAUUCGCUUAUGAGAUAUAUAAACAUAGAUGCAUAUAAGGAAAUUUUCUGGAGCUUGAUUUGAGCUGGUAAAUUUUGUCACGUGAGGCUCUGAUUGAUCGAAUUUGUGGGUUUAAGAUGUAUUUGUUGCAGUUUGUUAUGAAAGUCUAUUGAAAAUUGUAGUUGCCUAUGAGGGCAUCCAAGUCAUGGUGGAGGUGGCUGUUGAAGAAAGGACAAUUUCUAUUUGACGGGGGAGUAUGUGGAGCAAAGAUGAAACAGCUGCCAUUGGUGGGAUUUCUCUGUACAGUAAUGCUGUUCAUUAUAUAUAGGACUACAAUUUAUCAGUUUCAACAGACAGAGUUGGAGUCAAGAUUACGUCCAUUCUACAUAUUAAAGGAUUCAGGCAUUGCCUCCACAAGUUUAAAUAGUUUGCCCCAUGGUAUCAUUGAGGCAUGGUCAGACCUGGAGUUAAAGCCUCUAUGGAAAACAAGUAGUUCUAAGUCAAAGGCUAAUGUUCAAAACUCCCAUAAUUUGCUAGCUCUGCCAGUUGGGAUUAAACAAAAGAAGAAUGUUGAUUCAAUUGUUCAAAAGUUUCGUUCAGAGAACUUUACGAUUAUUUUGUUCCAUUACGAUGGUAAUGUGAAUGGGUGGUGGAACCUGGAAUGGAGUAAAGAUGCAAUACAUAUAGUUGCUCACAACCAAACAAAAUGGUGGUUUGCAAAACGGUUCUUACAUCCGGCUGUUGUGUCUAUUUAUGAUUACAUAUUCCUGUGGGAUGAAGAUUUGGGGGUGGAAAAAUUCCAUCCUGGAAGGUACUUAAAAAUUGUAAGAUCAGAAGGACUAGAGAUAUCUCAGCCAGCUUUAGACCCAAAUUCAACUGGCAUACAUCACAGGAUUACAAUAAGAAAUAGGAUAAAAAAGUUUCACAGAAGAGUCUAUGACACUAGAGGUAGUACGAAAUGUUCAGAUGAUAGUGAGGGGCCACCAUGCACAGGAUUUGUGGAAGGAAUGGCUCCUGUGUUUUCAAAAUCUGCAUGGUAUUGUGCCUGGCAUUUAAUACAGAAUGAUCUUGUUCAUGGAUGGGGGGUGGACAUGAAACUCGGUUAUUGUGCACAGGGGGACCGCACAAAGAAGGUGGGAGUAGUAGACAGUGAAUACAUUGUUCAUAAGAGUAUACAAACUUUGGGCGGGGCUUCUGCGAAAAAGGCUCCACGUCGUGAGGAGACCAUGAAGAGGACUGCCGUUGACGUACGAUCUGAGAUUAGAAGGCAAUCAACUUCAGAACUUCAAAUAUUCAAGGAGCGGUGGGAACAAGCUGUAAAGGAGGACAAGAACUGGAGGGAUCCAUUUCCAUCCAGUCGAAGAAGAAAGCAGAGGCUUAGCCAAACACAGCAUUCAAAGGUUUAACUUGACUGUAGAUGGCUGGUUGGUUCUUUGUAAUUUGCAGUGUCUCAUAAUUAUAUCAUUUUACACAAAUGGUUAUUAUUUUUCCUUUCAGUUAGCAUAUUUUUAACUGGGAUAUACGUAGUUUAGUUUUUAUGUCUCGAUUAAAUUUUUCUUUUUUUA